AUGGACAUUUGGUGUCCUAUUGAUUUUCCUAAUUUGAACCUAAUUUUAAUGGAGCGCAUCCUGACAGUGUUGCGUGAGGGGUCGGCGCAACUGGGCCGGAUCGUAAGUCGCGCGAGUGGACCUGCUUGCAAGCGAAGCCGGACGAGUGCUGCAUUUUUACCGGUGGUCGAGCGCGAACCAUUGCGCUGUCCACUCGGCGUUUGGUCAUGA